AUGAAGGACGACGAGGGGCUUCCAACCAUUGCCGCGGGUGCGAAGAAGGAACCAUCGGAUUCUGGUCUGUUUGGGAAAGGGAAGUAUAAGUUUUGGGCGUUAGCGGCAAUUUUGCUUCUGGCGUUUUGGUCGAUGUUCACCGGCACCGUCUCUCUGCGGUGGUCCGGCACUCUGAAUUCCAUUUCCAACGACAUGGACGCUCCCAUCCACGAUGACCUCGAUGUUCUCGAAAUGGAAGAGAGAGAGAAGGUGGUGAGGCACAUGUGGGAUGUUUACACCAACAGUCGCAGGAUCAGGUUGCCGAGGUUCUGGCAGGAGGCGUUCGAGGCUGCCUAUGAGGAUUUGAUGAGUGAUGUGGCUGAGGUCAGAGACGCUGCAAUUACCGAGAUCGCUAAGAUGUCUGUUCGCUCCAUUCAUUUUGAUCCACCUCCUGUUCAAUCUACGAGUGCCCGAGAAUUUAGCAAGAGCCUUACGCAGGCCGAUAAAGGAAAAGAAGCAGCAUUGUCGAGGCGUGCUUAA